AUGUCGCACUCCAGCAGAAAAGACACAGAAAUGACGAUGGGAGAAGGAGAAUAUAUUGCGACGAAAAUGAGCCCGUCAAACCUGCGAGGCCUUGUGUCGGGGUCGAGAAUGGCGACUGAACUGAACUCAACCUCAAAGCCCGAAAACGACCGUCCUGCGGGGUAUCCGAGGAAGCUUAUGAUUGUCUGA